GACAAGGAAGGUAAACAAGAGAGUGUUCACAAACUGAUAGUUUCACUGACUAAAUGGAAGGAAUGAAGCUGCCACUCUUCCUGUUCUGCUUGUUGAUCUGCUCUCAUGAACUGCAAACACGGAUUCAAGAUGGAACAGCUCUGCGUUUUGUGGUUCUGGGAGACUGGGGCGGCAUCCCAGUUUAUCCAUAUUUCACUGUUCAUGAGAUGGCGGUUGCAAGAGAUAUCGAAAUGCUGGUGCAAACCAAAGGAGUGGACUUCGUCCUCAGCCUUGGAGACCACUUCUACUAUGAGGGGGUCAAAAGUGUGGAUGACCCUCGCUUUAAGCAAACAUUUGAAAAAGUCUUCUCUCAGCCGGCUCUAUUAAAAACCCCUUGGUACCUUGUUGCUGGGAACCACGACCACAUUGGCAACGUCUCAGCACAGAUUGCUUAUUCUGAUGUUUCUCAACGCUGGAACUUCCCGGGUCUCUACUAUGACUUGCUCUUCAACAUUCCUCAUUCCAAUGCUACGGUGAACAUCUUGAUGAUUGAUACAGUGGUUCUAUGUGGGAACACCUAUGAUGACAUCCAGCCUUCAGGUCCAGUGAACAGCAAAGCUUCGGAAAAGCAGUGGGAAUGGAUCCACUCCAAACUGGCCAGCAGCAGGUCGGACUAUGUUGUGGUGGCUGGUCAUUAUCCAGUGUGGUCCAUUGGCCAUCAUGGCCCUACUGCCUGUCUGGUGAAGAGACUGAGGCCUCUCCUCAAAAAGUACGGAGCAUCUGUCUACAUGAGCGGCCACGACCAUGAUCUUCAGUUCCUCAAAGAAGAUGAUGGGAGCGCCUACGUCGUCAGUGGUAGCGGGGUAGAAAGUGACCCCCGCACAAACCACAGAGACAGCGUUCCUCUCUCGUGGCAGAUCUAUUCCAGCCCUGUCAACUUCACCGUCGGAGGACUAGCCUUUGUCGAGGUCACUUUGAGAGAUAUGACAGUCAGUUUUAUGCAAACUGAUGGAAAGUGUGUUUACAAGGCUACUAUUCCAAAGCGCAAAACGUAAGUUUUGUGUCUAUUGUGAUUUUAAAAUAAAUAUAUUUUUUAAAUGAUUGACGUUAAGUUCAUAUCAAAUGUGUGAUCAACUUAGUCAAUUUAUGUAUUGACUCCUUAUCGACGCUUAUGGCAAAUAAUGUAUUAUUUAAACAUAUUUUGUGAUUGUUUUUUGUUGUGUUGCUUAGCGCUUGUUGUAAUGGCAUUCUGUUUUGUUAAUCUUUGUGUAAGUCGCUUGUAUUUCUCGGACAAUAACAACAAA